UGACUAUAUAGCAUCAUAAUGUUGGUCUAUAUAAGUAGCAAAUAAUUUCCCAGUCUUAGUUAGAUAUUCAACCCAAAUUCUUCUCUCUUCCUUCUUCUUUAAUGGCUUCACUCAUGAGCUUCCUCAAGAGAACCUCCUCUUCUUCUUCAUUUACCGUUGUAUGUCAACAUCCCAUGAUGACAAAGAGAUUGUUGACAACAACAGCAAUCAACGUUGAUUCUUCAUCUUUUGCUCAGAGAAUCAGAGAUUUACCAAAAGAUCUUCCUAGUACCAACAUAAAAAAACAUGUUUCUCAGCUAAUUGGGAGGACUCCACUGGUUUACCUUAACAAAGUAACUGAAGGAUGUGGAGCUUAUAUUGCUGUUAAGCAAGAGAUGAUGCAGCCUACUGCUAGCAUCAAAGACAGACCGGCACUUGCUAUGAUGGAAGAUGCUGAGAAAAAGAAUCUGAUAACUCCUGGAAAGACAAUUCUGAUAGAACCGACAUCAGGCAACAUGGGAAUCAGCUUGGCAUUUAUGGCUGCCAUGAAGGGAUAUAAGAUGGUUUUAACCAUGCCCUCUUACACAAGCUUGGAAAGAAGGGUUUGUAUGAGAGCAUUUGGAGCUGAAUUGAUUCUCACUGAUCCAACCAAAGGAAUGGGAGGAACAGUAAAAAAGGCAUACGACCUUUUGGAAUCCACGCCAAAUGCUUACAUGCUGCAACAAUUUUCCAACCCGGCCAAUACUCGGGUGCAUUUUGAAACAACAGGUCCUGAGAUAUGGGAGGAUACAAAUGGGCAAGUUGACAUAUUUGUAAUGGGAAUAGGUAGUGGUGGCACAGUUUCUGGUGUCGGACAAUACCUUAAAUCGCAAAACCCUAAUGUUAAGAUAUAUGGAGUGGAGCCAUCUGAAAGUAAUGUGCUGAAUGGUGGUAAACCUGGUCCUCAUCAGAUAACUGGUAAUGGUGUUGGGUUUAAACCAGAUAUAUUGGACAUGGAUGUAAUGGACAAAGUUCUUGAAGUUAGCAGUGAAGAUGCGGUCAACAUGGCUAGGACACUGGCCUUGAAAGAAGGACUCAUGGUUGGCAUAUCUUCCGGCGCUAACACAGUUGCAGCACUUAGAUUGGCUAAUCUGCCUGAGAACAAAGGCAAACUUAUUGUGACUGUUCAUCCAAGUUUUGGCGAACGAUACCUUUCAUCUGUCCUGUUCCAAGACCUUCGGACAGAAGCUGAAAACAUGCAACCAGUGUCGGUUGAUUAAUGCCGUCGAUGAGUUCUGAUACUACUAGAAUGCUUUGUUGUGGCGUUACAUGGAUCUACUUGGUUGUGGAUGUGGUAACAAAAAAUGUAAUUUUCAACUUAUAUUCUACCAUAGCAAAAAUUAUAGGUCAUAGUAUCAUACCUAUGUUUUUUUAAACACUAAUAAAAUUUUGUCUUAUUGCUUUGUAAUUUUUUGUUUGGUUUGAAAUUGGAAGAAAGUAUGUAAUUUUUAAGUAACCAAAAUGUGUUAUAAAUAUUAAAUAUUGAAAGUA